UUCUAAGUGACAGAAAAUGGAGGCUAUCGAGAGCGGGAAUGCUGAGUAAUGCGCAUGUCUGAAGAUAUCUUUCAACCCGUGUGUGAACGACCGCAGUAUGGAACCAUACUUAAACGUAUAGUGCUAUGGACGUGCGGUUUUGCGUGUGACAACGUUUUAAUUGCUGUGUUUUGUCUUGUAUGCAGAGAAAAGCUAAUGCAUAAUGAUGAUUAUCUUCGUGCAGAAAGAUUCGCAUGUGUUCUGAGGUACAGUUUUUUCAAGCAGAUAUACGAAAAUGCAGGAGUGAUUUCUGAAAGUUAGAUAUGUGUGCGUUUGCAAGGUGUUCAAUUUUAAUUUUGACCGUACAAAAUACAUCUUGGCAGCUCCUCUUCGGUGGAUGAAGAGGAAAGAAAAUUAUGAGGUGAACGGAAGUGUUGCCCGUUGUUACAUUUGGUGCUUAAAAUAGCGUGAAAAGACAGUUUAUUUAUCAGUGAUAGUGUUCUUUAGAGUUCCUUUCAACACUAGUGUGUUCCUGUGUAUACACACUGGCGCUCGGUAAUGACGAUACAUAUGGAAACAUGCUGGACACUUCAGUUUACGAAAGUCGAAGCUCUUGGAAUCCAAUGAAGAGAUCACGCGUGGACAGGAACCAGCUGCGCGAGCGCGAGCGGCAGGCGCGCGCCCAGAUGUCGCAGCAGCAGAGCGACCGGGAGGCGGACAUCAGCGCGCCUCUGUUCGGGGCUCCCGUCAAGGUGACGCCUUCGCCGGCGGACACGACUGCCUCGCAGAUCCAGCGCAAGCUGGGCAACUACGAGAUGAUGCAGCGGUUGCUGGUGGACGAGCCCAAGCGGCUCAUCGGCAUCGACGGCCUGCCUCCGGCGUCCCCCGCGCCGCCCUCCGCCGUCGUCGCCCCCGCCGCUUCGCGGCUCGCCCCGCCCCACCAGGGGAGCGAGUUCAAGAAGCCACCGCGGCACCACUCGCAGCCCCAACUGCAGCCGCAGCCGCUGCUGCAGCCCCUGGUGGCUCCGGCCCAGCCGCCGCCUCCCCCGCCGCAGCAGCAGGUCCGGGGCAGCUUCCUGAAGCCCGCGGACGGCAAGCCGGCGUACGGGGGCCGCGGCGGCUACCCUGGCCGGCCGCUCAAGCCGGGCGAGCCGCGCGCCAACGGCGCACUGCCGCCCAGCAAGGGCCCGCCCAGGCACGCCAACGCCACCCGCGUGCACCCCGCCGCCAUCGGGCUGCCGCCGCACUCGCAAGACCCGCAGAUGUCAAUUUCUCGGGACCAGACUUCAGUGGAGAAGAUGUUGAAGGAGAUGAUUGGAGGAAGUGUGACUCCUGUGACAGCAAUAGCUACUCCAAGGAAGGAGCCAGAGACCAAAUUCACCUUCAAUCCUCAUCUGAAUGCGAUAACAGACGUGCUUCCAGCGCAGCUGCCGGUCGGCCGAAAAAGCGAUAUUACGGCGCCAUCUCCACCGCCGUCCGUGCCAUCGGAUCUACUGGAAAAGGAUCUGACGCUGUCCGACGACAGCGAUGCGGCGGAUCCGCUUCAGCCGCCCGGUGCAGAUCUGCUGCUGGCCAGGGACAUUCCGGGCCUUCCAGGCGUCACUCACCCGUGUGGUGUGCCUCUGUCAAUGCUGAGCCCACAGACGACACCACUGCUGCAUUUGCAACCACCCCAGGCGACGCCUGUACCUGCACCAGUGCCACCUAUGUCGCCAGUAGUGGAUGUUGAGACAGAGAUGAGCACUGCCCCUGUGCUGCCACUGACUUCACCACCACCACCUCUGCCUCCGCCCACCAUCGCAACCAAUGGUGGCCAUAGUGUUGUCUCUCCAUCGUCUAGCGACCCUGAUACACAUUCAUCUGCAAGCUCGAGCAGUUCUAGUAGUGGUGAAGAUGACGACGACGAUGAUGAUGAGCAGCCGUCUGCUUUGGAUGACAUGCUGGUGCCACAACCAGAGCAAAGCCCGGGCCGGCCACCCUCCAGUGCUUCAGCCCCAGCAGCUACUACUGCUGCUCUCUCUGACGCUGUCACAGCUGUGGCACCUAAUGAGGAGACCAAUAACAACCGCAGCUGGGGUCUGGCAAAUUUCCUUCAUGCUCAGCAAGAUAGAUCACUGCAGGAGUGCAUGAGUCGCUGCAGUCCAAGUUCGAGGUUGGAACUACCACCUGCUCCCGCUGUACCAAGGGCUCCCCCUCAUGUACCUGACUCUGAUGACGAUGACAAUGAAGAGGAUAAUGACGACGAUGAUGGUGAAGAUGAAGAAGAGGAAGAAGAGGAGCAGCAACAGCAGCGUCGGCAAGAGGAUGAGGAAGAAGAGGAUGAAGAGGGUGAUUGCAUGACCAAGAUGACACGUGAGGUAGUUGUACAUCCUGUACAGCCCGUAUCGAGCAUGUCAUCAGACGAAGAACCUGCUCCACCGCCACAGCAGCCAGUUGUGGCUCCUGUGGUACGCCGCCCAACGGGUGCUGCAGAACGCCGCCACAGACCUCGUACAUUGCGCAAACAAAUUGUCAGUGCUACACCACCUGGUGACAAUAGUGAUUCGGACACGGCACCACAACCACCACCACCCAGGCCACGACCCCAUGUUGCACGAAUACGACCGUCUGUCAGUAGCAACAGCACGUGCAGCAGCACCUCGUCCGAUGAGGCACCUGCGCCUCCUCCAGCUACUAACACAACCCCAGCUCCCAUCCUGCCUGCCACUUUGCCUUCUACUCUGCACAAGAAACCACCCCGUAUCCAGUCCUCAUCUUCCACAUCAUCAUCGUCGUCGUCUGAUGAUGAAACCCCACGUGGACCGAGUGGUGCAGUUGCGGCAAUACCACCUGUAGCACGUUCUUCCCCAGCAGCCCCAAAUACCUCAGAAACCUCAGUUCCUGUUCCGAGUAGACCUGUAGCACGUGAUGUCUCGUCUAGUGAUUCUGACAGUGAUGUGCCUGUACCUUCUAAAAGAAAAACUGCUGCAGCUAUUGCGUCAGUGCCACCAGCGGGAAAGGUGAAACAGCGUGAUCGGACUAAAGAUACCGCAACUCGCAAGGAACGUGCAAAACCUUCACAGAGGCGGGCACGUAGAGAAGAAGGUGUGCGCCCCAGUCGAGGUGCCGCCUCACGCCUCAAGAUUAUCACCCCGGAGGAGUGCCCCACUACGACUGAUUCAGAGGCCGAAGACAACUGUCGCCCAACUGCAGCACCGCAUCCCCUCAGUGCACCUACACCAGCUGCUGCAGCACUUCCUUCCGUGUCAGCAUUGUCAACUGCUUCCUCCUCCGGUGCCAAAAUUCGUGCAGGAAGGGCUGGAGUGUCGGGUCGACGGCGGACAUCUGGCAGCGACAUUGACAGGUCACCUCCACGACCGGCUGCUGACGAGAGUCCACCUGAGUUGGACUCUGAGGACAAAGCAGUACAAGACAAGAAGAAAAAUGACACUCUGCGAAAAUUGUUCUCAACAAAAACUAGGGACCAGGAAGGUGGCUAUGGCGGUAAAGGGAAAGGGGGUGGUAAAGGAAAAGGUGGCAAAGGUAAAGGUGGAGUCAUUGUAGUAGAAUGUGUUUCAUCAUCUGAACGUGCUGCCAAUGAGGAGGCAGAGACGACAGCUCGUAUGCCGAGUCCGGCGCCACCGUCACCGUGUCCACCACCUCCACCCCCUCUUCCUCCACCUCCACCAGCACAGGUAGUGCCUACUCCAUCGGAAGAACGCAAGUCUCCUAUGCUAACUCAAUCUUCCCAAGAUAGCAAGCGUAGGAUAAAACACGAGGAUCCUCCGGUGAAUGUUGCCGAUAGGGACGCUCCUCCAGAGAAAACCCGCAAGAAAAUAGCAAGGGACAGUGGUUCAGGCAAGCGCAACAAAACCUCACCGGAGGCAGGCAAGUCUCCUGCAACUGCUUCUGCUGCUCCAAUAAAGAGUGAGCCAGUGGAAGCACAGGGAGUGCCACGGCUACUAUGCAGCAUCAGCCUCUCGCGGCUCACUUACAUACCGCCGAAACCAGGUGUCAAGGCUGAGCCUCAGAACAGCCCAGCAUCUUCACCUGUUAAGGAGCAACAUUGUGAUGCAGAAGAAGAGUCAAAACAGCAGAUUCGUGCCCGUCUCUUUGGUGACCCAGUGUCUAAUAAUUCCGAGCCACCGUGUAGUAAAAAACGGACUCGUUCGCCGAGCUGCGAGUCCCCUGAGGAGGGGGAGAUAGUGAUGCCAAAGUGUGAAAGUGUGGACGCUAAUAAAGGUGCCACAAGUGCUACCACAAGUUCAGUGAGUAGCCGUGAUGUUGAAGUAUCAGAAAAACCACAGAAAAAGCCCAAGAAGCAUCGAAGCCAAAGUAGGGAUAGCAGCCACAAGCACUCAAAUGGCCGAGGUGCUGUAAGUGUAGGAGAGAAACAGGAGACUGAGGUGAAAGGACAUCACCGAUCAAAGUCGAAGCAACGAGAUAAAGACCGUGAGCGUGGUAGUGAUGGGAAGUCCCAUCGGCACAGUCGCACAUACGGUCAUCACAGGCGUGAGCGACGGGUCAGUGUGAGCAGCUCUGCUUCGUCUCAGAAUGUGCCAGAAGCUCCUCCCUCUUCUUCCAUUCCCCAGCUGGAGCAAGCACCCGAACAGCAUCAGCCUUCUCCAGCACAGCCCAUAGCUUCCACAUCAAGUGGUGUGACAGGAACGACGAAUGUGUGCCGUCUCCCCUCUGACAGCGACAGCGAAGAUGAGCCACACCGGCCCUCUAGUCAGGUCGACAUGGCAUUGUCAGACAUCCAGCCAACGAACCACGAGAGGGAAGUAGCUGGAAUCCUGGGGAGGCAUUCUCCAGGUCCUAGCUCAGACUCUCACCUUGGGUGGCCUCCCCCUGCCACACCCGCCCAAAGGGUGUACUACUCGUACUUCGAGCGUGACGAUGAAGGCUCGGGUGACGAGGGCCGUGACCAGAACCGGUUCCUGACUGAGGCUAAACGACUGAAGCAUGGAGCAGACCGUGAAACUGACCAUACUGCACAAGGAAUGCAAUACCUUGAAGCUGUGUUGUUUUUCCUGCUGACUGGUAAUGCCAUGGAGCAUGAUAGCUGUACUGAGAAAGCUGCUUUCACUAUGUACAAGGAUACACUCAGCCUUAUCAAAUACAUUUCAUCAAAGUUCCGUGGAACUCAAAGCUGUACACCCCAAGGCAGCAUACACAGCAAACUUGCUAUAUUGAGUUUGAGGUGCCAGUCGCUGCUAUAUUUCAAACUCUUCCAAAUAAAGAAGUAUGAAGUGAAGGAGUUUCAGAAAGUGAUCGCUGAGUAUCAGCAGAGGGCACCAACUCUUCAACAGGAGCAAGUUGUAGGUGGUCAGGGAACUCCAUCUCCCUUGUCACCAACACCAUCACCAGCUGGCUCUGUGGGUUCAGUCAGCUCCGUGGGUUCCCUGGGGUCGUCCGGUUACAGCAGUGAUGCCCGAGGAGUAGGACCCACACAGCCUGUGAUUCCACAGCAGCAUUCUGCUCCCCCUCCUUGUGUUGCAGUUCCUCUGUCGGUGCACAGUGCCAUGCAGCGCCAGAAUCAGUUCUUCACGUAUCUGACAUCCUGCUUUGAUCUGUGGGAGCAGGCUGAUGGCCUUGUUUAUAAGGGCAAGCACAGGGAAUUCUUCAUUGAGCUGGAUCGAUACUGCGGACCGUUAACAUUGCACAGUUCUUUGAAUGACCUGGUUCGAUAUGUGAGGAUUGGCAUCCAGAGGCUCAAAGAGAUCUCAUCUGCACAGCCGACAUGACAGCCUUUCGUGAGAGUGGACUUCUAAUCCUCCCACAAUAUACACACAUACAGUUUUUUUGUAACUGUUUGGGUGCCAUUUCUUGGUAGAUGUGGUCCAUUGCUGUUCCAGUUGCUCUGCAUAGAAGAUAUGCAGACAUGGAGUUCUCAUAUGAGAAAGGCUUCAUACAAAAGCAGUGUUGUAUAUUUUUGUACAUAUUAUAGAGUUGAGGUACUAAUAUUGUUACUAGAAAUUAUUUAAAAUUGUGUAAAAUAAAGAGUGUGUUAAUUGACAAAUGGUUGUCAUGAGAGGCCGUGUGUUGGAGUUUUGGGUGUUUCACCAAAAGAAGCUAUAGAGAGAAUAUUUCUUUCUUCACUGAUUGAACAUUCUUGUUUAUACAUAUGUACAUAUUUCUUCUGCUGGUCUUCAUUUCCCUUAUCUCCUUGUAGUUAUUACUCAUACAAUACUUUCUUCUUGAUUUGUGACUGGAUAAAUGCGCACAUUUUUUUCCUGUGCGUCCAUUUCUCUCUGUCAUUACCUUUCAAUUUUUUCUGUUCUUGUUGGACGUACCAUUUAUGUUAAGAAAUGAAAGGCAUCCAUGACAAGUGUGAAGUGCAUGUGAACUGUUUAAUAUUAAAAUAUUUAUAAUUGCAAAUUUUGUACAGUUUUCAAACAAAGAAAUGUCAUAAAAUAUCCACAUGUAAAAUAAUAAGAUACCUUCAGUUAUGUCCCAUGUAUUUUCGGAUAUAAAUUAAUAUCUGAUGUGUAGUAUUUUUUUGUGAGUAAAGAUGUAAUAGAAACAAAUUUAUAUUGUUGUCUUACAUUAGUAGCAGUAUAGUGCAAUCAGAAUAUUAAGUCCACAUAUUUCUUUAUGAAUAUGAGAUAUAUUAUAUACAUAAACUUAACAUAUAUGAAAGGUUUGUGAAUAAACUUGUUACCUAAUUUGUUGCUGUAACAGCGUUGUAGUUAUGGUUGAAUGCUCCCCCUCCCUCCUUUCUCAUGGCAGCAUAUUUCUCUUGCAUUUUAACUGUGUUGGAUGCCUUUUGAUUUUGCCAUGAUCUGCAGUGUCUGAGGUAGUUCUUGAAAUUAUCUGAGAUAAUGUGUCAGCAAGAAAAGAAAUCCAAAACAUAUGAGAAUAGGAUUUUAUGGAGGCUUAGUUACAGCAACGCUGUUUUCAACCGAGUUGCUUACUGAAAGGCUUUGUCUCAGAUGAAGAAAUACCUUUGUCAUAUUGAACUUGCACUGAUGUUUGUUACACAUGUAAUUAAUGGCUUCUCUUUUUGGCUUUUUAAUUGUCUAAAUUUGAGUACUUAUUAUGAUCUCUGUAAUUGUGUUUUCAUAUAAUGUCCUGAUAUUUGAAUGCUGGAAUAUAGGUCUGGUUUCUUGUUGAGUUGGAAGGUGUCAGCCUACCCUAAUAAUUUAGGGCUGUGGUUCAUUGCAAAAUAUUUUCAUUACCUGUAUUAUCUUCCCCCUUAUUAAAACAAGUUUCUUCAAAAUAUAAAAUCAUUGGUUUUCAAUAAAUGCUAUAUUCUGAAAUGGCCGAUUUUGGAAGUAACAAUGUAUGGUAUACAGUGAAGCUACAUGUUGAAGCCCUUACAUUCAAAGAAUGUUAAAUCUUUCCUUUUGCUGCAGGUAACUUCUCCAUCAAGGGAAGAUCACUCAUUUUCAUUUGAACUGCAGUGCAUAACUUGUCUCAAUUAUCUCAGUCCAGGCAACAUUAAUUAUGCCCAGUUGAUGUCUCGUGCUAGGAAUUUACUACUUGUUUCUGCUGUUUGGUUGAAACUGAUUUUACGUACGGACUUAUAGCAAUGAAAUUUUAAGUAUAGCAAAAUAAGUGAAUAAAGUAACAAAUUUUAUUGAAACUAAGUUUAUGGAAUUUUUUAAAACCAGCAGUUUUGGAAAAUAUGAACUGAAUAUGUUUCUGCUGUCCAUUGGUGUGCACAGUUGUCAGAAAUCACCUUGUUUUAAUUAAAUCAACAAUUUUGUUUAAUACAGAGGUAUUGUUGUGAUAAUAUUUAAAUAUUCUUUGUUAUGUUAAUUGUGUACAGUGUAAAGUAUAUUUAUUUAUUUACAUCUUUCCUUACCACAACACUGCUGCUUAUAUCAUUGUCAUAUUUAAAACUGUAUUCAUGAACUGAAAAUUAUUUUGAUAAUACUUAUUGGAAAAGUAAUUAAUGGACAAUGCAGGGUCAGUGGAAUAUGAAAUGUAUUAAAUACUGCCAUAUAUUUUUUAUUGUGCAGUGCCGAGAUUGAAUUUUGUUCAAGUCAAUACUCAUUUUGUUGGCAUAUUGAUGUAACAUACAAAGUAAAAUCCUGAUAACUGUAUAUAGCAGAUAUUAUUAUAUUUUGUAUAUUGAAUGUAAUAAUUUCAGUCAUAAAAUUUUUGGAGAUUCAUUUCUGAUCUGUUCAGUAAUUUCAGAAUCUGUGCACUUGAAUGCGCCUGUUUGUGUAAACCUCUACAGAAGUGCUGUCCGAGAUGUGUAUGACGAGUCAGUGAAGGAGAAAUAUAAUUGUUCCACUUAUCAGCUGGUAAAACUAGGCCUGGCUUUGUUAAAUAAGUUGGCAUUGUUUGCAUCCUCUGUUGCCUAAUGACUGAUAUUGCUGUAUUCAGGGUGUGCAGAUAAAUUUGUCAGCAAUACAUUUUUAACAUGGAAUAACUGCUAUAGACUGCUUGAAUGAUUGUGUGCUGAUAGAUAAGCUUCAUUAGAGAAUAUUUUUGUGAGUAUAUUUUUUGUGCAGCGUUUAUUUUAUAUAAAGUAAUUUAGAGGUCAAAUAGAACACCAGCAUUGGUCACCUUGUAACUGAGCCUCCUGAAAACGACAUAGUUAAUUUUAAAAUUUAAUAAAAGUAUAUAUAUUAAGAAAGAAACCAAAGUUUAUUUAAGGAAAUAGAAAACAAAGCAGACAAAAAGAAGCCUAAAAGUGACCUUCUGUAACACAACCAGCAGUACCUUUAUAAUAAAAAUCAAGUGAAGUGUAGUGUAAGAAUAGUUGUGAGAAGAAACAUUAUAUUUCAUCCUUGAAGGACUCAAUUGUUUUACAAAUUUAUUAUCAUUAUUAUUAUUAUUAUAUAAUUGUAAAUAUAUGGAACUUAUUUGAGAA